AUGCAUUUGAUGUACACUGAAGACCCGUCGUCGGGCAAGCGUAUUUACACAUUGAAGAAGGUAUUGGACGGAGUGGUCACGAAAUCUGCCCAUCCCGCAAGGUUUUCACCAGACGACAAGUAUAGCAGGCACCGCGUCACACUGAAGAAACGAUAUGGUCUGCUUUUGACACAGCAAGGUACGAAGAAUGCCAGAGACAUAUUGCGCAAAAAUUGA